AUGUCAGGCUACGAAGUGGAACACGGCAUCCAACCGCAACCCCAAGACCAACAACCGCGCCGAAGACCAGACCUCACCACCUUCUUCGCCACCCUCGACCACGUCGACACCUCCGGCGCCCGCCAACCCCAAAACACCCACGCCCUCCCCAUGCCCCGCGACAUCAGCGCCGCCUUCCGCAACCUCGCCAACGCCUACGAAAUGAUGCGCAGCAGCGACGGGCACGUCGAGCCCUCGGAUAGCAGCGAUGAGUUGCUGGGCAGAUUGGUGGAGAGUUUGAUGGAGAGCGCGGAGCACCCGCCGCCGGAAGUACAGGGCGUCAGUGAUGAGUAUAUUGAGCAGUUGGAGCGGGUGCCGAAGAAGAAGUUGCGCGAGAAUAUGAGCUGUCCGAUUUGCGGGAAUGCGUUUUUGGAAGACUCGCAUCCUCUCGUCGUCAAACUCCCAUGUCAAGGCGAGCACGCCUUCGACCUCGAAUGCAUUCAACCGUGGAUCAAGCUCAAUCCGACCUGCCCCAUGGACCGCCAACAACUCAUCAAGAAGAAAACCGUUCCGCCGCCGCCGCCAGACGAAGAGGAUGGAGAGUACGACGAGAUGUUCGGAUGA